GGCUCUUUUCCCAGUUUCCAGUUUCUUUUAACUAAUAACUCCUCCCCUUCCCUUUAUUACCUGUUCGGUUGGAGAUUCGAAGCACUCACAUUUACAUUGAUUGCACCCCUUUGCUUCGUUUUUCCUCUUCACGGGUUGUUUGCAUUCCAUUUCUUUAUUGUUGGUGACAAAUUCGCCAUACCCAUUUGUUUUCUCAAAUACCCAUCUGCAUCAGCUCCUCAAGUUUCCUUUUUUUUUAAAAAAAAAAUUGAGAUUUGUAGAUUUUGGCAUUGGAUUAGCUCUGGUUCCUCUGUGUCUGUUUUCCCAAAUGCCCAUCUGAUUUGGCUGUUGAUGUUGGAAGGAUUUUGUUGGUUAAGUUAUGGACUUCAUGCUCAUGAUGAAACAGGAAAAUGAAGAGAGGAAGACAGUACGAAAAAGUAAAGAAGGGAAAUAAGAACGGGUAAUCUAACAUAUUGCAAUGGAAGUGUCUACAAAGACAGUUAUGGCUAUCAAGUCUUACCAAAAUCAAGCGGGAGUGCUGGUUAAAAACUAUUUAUUAGCGGAUCCCUUCAUACCAUAUACUUCCAUUAUUGGAGGCAUAAUUUUGUGCAAAAUGGUAUAUGAUCUUACUCAGUUAAUUAGUAGCUUUUACAUCAAGACUUAUGCUGGCCUUACAAAAAUCCAACGAAUUGAGUGGAACAGUCGAGGUAUCUCCAGUAUUCAUGCCAUUUUUAUCACAGCUCUAUCCUUACACUUUGUGUUCUGGUCCGAUCUCUUUUCUGACCAACCUCAUGCUGGUCUUGUUACAUUUCGAAGCUCACCACUGUCCGUUUUUGGAUUAGGGGUUUCUGUUGGGUACUUCUGUGCGGAUCUGGGAAUGCUAUUAUGGCUAUACCCUUCUUUAGGUGGAAUGGAAUAUGUUUUCCAUCACUCACUUUCUGGAAUUGCAGUAGCUUACUCCAUGUUUUCUGGAGAAGGGCAACUUUAUACAUACAUGAUCCUCAUCUCUGAGAUCACUACUCCAGAGAUCAAUAUGAGAUGGUAUCUUGAUACAGCUGGUAUGAAGAGGUCCAGCGCAUAUCUCAUAAACGGCAUUGUGAUAUUUUUAUCAUGGCUGGCUGCAAGAAUUCUGCUGUUUGGUUACAUGUUUUACCAUGUUUACUUGCACUAUGAUCAGGUCAUCCAGAUGCACACCUUUGGAUAUCUGCUGGUCUUUGUUGUGCCAUCAGUGCUAGCAAUAAUGAACUUGAUGUGGUUUGGAAAGAUUAUCAAGGGAUUGAUCAAGCAAUUAGCCAAGAUGCAAUGAUGGAUAUAUAUAUAUAUACGUUCCAAUUGAGUCUAAAGUCCUCCCCUUAAGAUGGGUCUGCGCUUGUGCAUUCUUCUAUUUUGCUCACUGUAUAAAUGAUAGAGGCCUCGAGGGGUUAAAAAAGAAAUCGAAACGGGAGGCAUUUUGGUGGCCACAACUGUUGUAAAUGGUUCUAAAGUUUGUUUGUUGUUAAAUUACAAGGGGAAUCCAAUCUAAGAUCUCUACUUUUUACCUCACUCCACUGUAUGCCACUAGAGUUAAAGUUUAAUGGAUGUAAGUGAUUCAAA